CCUAGUAAGGGCUCUUUCGAUGGUACCUCAGGGUCAUUCAUGGGACCGAUUAUCAACUUCCUAAAGAACACCAACAACCCACUACUCUUUAACAUAUACCCCUACUUCUUUACAUCGGUGAUCCCCAAAACGUGCCUCUACCGUAUGCCCUUUUCACAACAAUAGGAGGCUUCCCACAGGACGGCCAGUUUCAUUAUAGGUACCUCUUCGAUGCCAUGUUGGACAACGCCUACUCUGCUGUAGAGAAGGCGGGCGGACCCAACGUGGAAAUCGUGGUGUCAGAUAGCGGAUGGCCUUCUGCAGGCGGCCCUGAUGCUUCGGUGGAGAAUGCAGCGACUUAUUAUAGGAACCUUAUCAAUCAUGUGGAAGGAGGAAGUGGGAGUCCAAAGAGGCCUAGGAAGGCUAUUGAGACUUAUUUGUUUGCCAUGUUUGUUAAGAAUCAAAAGACUGGAGUCGAGAGUGAGAAGCAUUUGGGCUCUUCUCACCCACCAAACAGCCCAAAUACCAGCUUUCUUUCAACUAAAGAUAUAGUUGUGAGUUUUAUGCAUUAAGAAAAGGAUUGUGAU